AUGACGUCAAAUAGUCAGGACGACUUAGCUAAAGAAGAAUUGAUUGCAAAAUAUAUCAAAAAACUGAUUAAGAAUGUCGAAAGUCUGCAACUACCACACAAACAAUUGCAAGCAUUUAAGUCUCUUGUAUUGAUGACAAAAGUUCGAGAUGAUAAAUUAAUUGGAAAUCUUAUUACUUUAGGCGGAUUACCAGUUAUAUUAAGAUGCGCAAAACAGAAAAAUGACUUUGAAAUGCAAAUAGAAGCUAUAUGCGCAUUAACUAAUAUGAUAACCGGAUGUAAAGAUCACCUAGAUGGUGUGAUGAAAGCAGGCGCAUUUCCAGUUCUAUGUCAUUUACUCAAUUCAUACUGUCUUCAGGUAUGUGAACAAUCGGUCAAUGCUAUUGCAAAUGUAGUUGUGAGUGGUAAAAUCUAUUGUGAACAGGCUAUAGACAAAGGUAUCGUUCGUAGCUUAUCGUAUAUGUAUUACCUUCAUCCCAGCUCGCCAAUCAUUAUCCGUCGUGUUGCUUGCAUUCUUCGUUACAUAUGUCGAGUCAAGUUAUGCUAUACCUUAGUAAAAAAAAUCAUACCGGUUAUAAGAGCAUUGAUAUAUCAAGUGGACAAGGACAUAAAACUUGAUAUUUUGUAUGCAAUAGUAUAUCUUACAGAUAAUAUAGACUUUCCCUUCAAAUUAAUAUUAGAAUAUGGAGUUCUGAAACAUAUGAUAUCAUUUUUAGAUGAUUCAGAUAUAAAAAUUUUAACUACUGCUUUGCAUGGUAUAGGAAAUUGUUUAAAAGAUACUAAAAAGCUAGUAGAAAGCGCUUUGGACAAUAAUAUUCUACAACAUUUAAAUAUAUUGGUGAUACAUAAUGAGAGUUUGGUACGAAAAAGUGCGCUUUUUUGUUUAGGCGAACUUUUAGGAAAUCCUAUUAGUUACGUACAAGAUGACAUUAGUGCCCAACUUAUAGUGAAUAUAUAUAUAAACCUAACUGAUGAAGACUUUGAUGUAAACAAAGAGACAAUUUAUGCAUUAAUGAAUUUAUCUGCUACCGGUUCAAAGGACCAUAUAUUCACAUUGGCUAAUAUGGAGUUCAUUUCAACAAUUUGCGAUAUGUUGGUGUAUUCCGAUUGGGAAAUUAUAAAAAUGAUCUUAAAAUUAAUACUGAACUUAAUUGCACGAUCAGAAGAAUAUUUUAUAACCAUCACGUCAUUGGUCCGUAAUCACAUUGAUUUCACUAUGCUGGAGUAUUUAAUGCAACAUGAAAAUACUGAUAUUCAAAAAUUUGCUAUGGAGAUCUACACGGAUCUUAAUUAUGAAUCGUAUAUUGUAUAA